AUGUCUAACUUUCAUCUCCGCCCAGUCUCGGACAGAUCAGCUUCUCCCAGCACCAGCACUUCCACCACCAGCGAGCGCAGCCCAUCUAUUCACGCCAAACGUCAGGCCGCACUCGCCCCGCUUCAACCCUCCGUCGUUCAACCACCUACUCGCUCUCGCCAGCCUUGGUCUCCAUCUGCCCUACGUGACGUUGACCUACCCGUGAAAAAUGAUCCAGGUCCGAGGAAAUACCCUGCGCCACCAACCGGUCACGACUUGAUGGCUUUGUUCCCCGCCGCUCCACCCGUCAACCUCCCACCGGGUCCCACCAGCGGAUACUUCGAACGCGAAGAGCGCGCCUUCUUCGCCAGGGCUGGCAAGGAGAUCGUCCGCGUGCGCAUCGAGGUCGACAUGCCCCAACCAGGCGAGAAAGACGACCCGAAGCACGUCAGGCGGGAUUUACACCAGGGCCAAUUCGCUCCUCCCCCGCCCCACCUUCAUGCCUCGCCACACCAAGCACCACCCAACCCACACGUUCCACCCGCCCCCUUCCCCGCUCACGCGAACGCAACUCGUGCUCCACGAGCCGUGCCCGUUCCCAUGACGACACCGACACCCUUUCCGCCAGGUCACCCCACACAACCACCCAUGAGCGUCCACGCACCGCCCGACGUCCAGCACUUCUCUUACCCGCAGCACCCGCAGCACGAGCACGCCAUCGUCAACGGUGGCAAGCCCCUCGAGCUGCACCCGGCCGAAUUUCGGGAAGAAUCCGACGAAUCCUGGCGGCGUCCGAUGCCUCACAACGAGCGUCGACGCGCCGGAAAGCACACGAAGCGGGUAAUCGUCAAAUAA